UCAUUAGAGCAUAUUGCACACCAUUCUAGUAUCUUUGCUCAAUGGCCAAUGAAGGAUAUCUCCCACUCUAUGAAAAAAUUUGUAUCAAGCGCAAAUUUCAAAGAGUAAUGGACACCUUGAUUUUACUCCUACUUCUCUCGCUUCUCAGUUACCGUGUUUUCUCUGUCAACAGCAGCUUCACUUUCCCAUGGUUCCUUGCUUUCUUAUGCGAGUCUUGGUUCACCUACACUUGGAUUGUGGUUCUCAACGCCAAAUGGAACCCUGCAGUAACCAAAACCCACGUAGACCGUCUCCUGCAACAGGUACCUGAGCUUCCACCAGUGGACUUGUUUGUGACAACAGCAAACCCUGUACUUGAGCCUCCCAUCAUUACAAUGAACACUGUGUUGUCUCUUUUGGCGCUUGAUUAUCCAGCUAAUAAGAUAGCUUGCUAUGUUUCUGAUGAUGGGUGUUCCCCUCUUACCUUCUAUGCUCUUGUGGAAGCUUCCAAAUUUGCAAAACUUUGGGUACCUUUCUGUAAGAAAUACAACUUGCAAGUCAGAGCACCCUUCAGAUACUUCUCUGACGUUGCCGCUAUCAAAAGUGAAGACUCAUCAGAGUUCAAACAAGAAUGGUUACGAAUGAAGGAAAUGUAUGACAAUCUUGGCCAAAAAAUUGAUGAUGUGGCUCGAAAACCAAUUCCAUUUCAACUUGAUGGAGAAUUUGCAGCUUUCUCCAAUACAGAGAAAAGAAAUCAUCCGAGCAUAAUUAAGGUUAUAUUGGAGAACAAGGAAGGUCUUUCUGAUGGGUUGCCUCACUUAAUCUACAUAUCCAGAGAGAAGAGGCCAGAGUAUGAACAUAAUUACAAAGCCGGAGCUAUGAAUGUGUUGACAAGAGUCUCUGGGUUGAUGACCAACGCUCCCUUUAUGUUGAACGUAGACUGUGACAUGGUUGUGAACAAUCCCAAGAUUGUUCAACACGCUAUGUGCAUUUUGGUGGAUUCUAAGAGUGGAAAAGACGUUGCUUUUGUUCAAUGUUUCCAGCAAUUCUACGAUGGAAUAAAAGAUGACCCUUUCGGAAAUCAGUGGGUGACUGCUUUUGAGUAUAUAAUGCGGGGCAUGGCAGGACUUCAAGGACCUCACUAUGCUGGAACAAACACCUUCCACAGAAGAAAAGCUAUUUAUGGCCUUUAUCCCGAUGAAAUCGAAGCAGGAAAAUUAGCAGACAAGAUAUUAAAACAACAAUUUGGAAGUUCGAAGGAGUUAGUAAAAUCAGCAGCUCAUGUUUUCAAAGGGAGUGCAUAUUCUCCUAGUGAUAUCAGUAACUGUAUUGAGGCAGCAACCCAAGUUGCUAAUUGUGGAUAUGAAUAUGGCACUUGCUGGGGUAAACAGAUGGGCUGGUUAUAUGGAUCAAUCUCAGAAGAUGUACCUACAGGCUUGAAUAUGCACAAAAGAGGAUGGAGAUCAGAGUGUUGUACACCAGAUCCAAUUGCCUUUGAAGGGUGUGCUCCUGGAGAUUUACUAAAUACAAUGAAACAACAAAAGAGAUGGGCCACAGGCCUCACUGUUGUCUUCUUUAGCAAGCAUUCUCCUGUUAUGGGCACUCUCUUUGGUAAGAUCCAAUUCAGGUCAGGCUUGUCUUAUUGUUGGCUUACAAACUGGGGCUCUCGCUCUGUCUUCGAAGUUUCCUAUGCUGCUCUUAUUGCACAUUGCAUAAUUACCAACACCAGUAUCUUUCCCAAGGGACUUGGACUAUGGAUUCCUAUUGCUCUUUUUGUGAUUUACAACAUACAUACUCUAGUAGAGUACCUUGCUAUCGGGUUGUCCAUAAGAAAUUGGUGGAACAACCAGAGAAUGAGCAGAAUAACAACCUCGACUGCAUGGUUUAUAGGAUUUUUGAGUGCCAUGCUUAAGCUCUCUGGGAUAUCUGAUACAGUCUUUGAAAUAACACAGAAGGAACACCCAACUUCUGAUGCUGAUGGAGAUGAUGCAGAUGAUGGUAGGUUCACCUUCGACGAGUCCCCAGUUUUUGUGGCUGGCACUACCAUUUUUCUUGUGCAAAUGACAGCACUAUUUAUCAAGCUUUUGGGGUUGCAACCAACAGCAACAGCUCAAAGUGGAAAUGGGUGUGGGAUUGGGGAAUUGAUCUGCACUACGUAUUUGGUGAUUUGCUACUUGCCAUAUUUAAAAGGGCUUUUUGCAAGAGGAAAAUUUGGGAUUCCUUUAUCCACCAUAUUCAAGUCAUCAGUUCUUGCAUUUGUUUUUGUGCAAUUCUGCAGAAGCACCGUUAUUGGUUGAUCACUUGGUAUUGAAUUUUUCUAUAUAUUUUGUUCUCAUAUUUUUCUCAGCCUUCUGUACUUAUUAUCGAUUAGAUAAUAAAUUGCUGAAAGGUGUAAGUUAAUUUUUACUGGAUCCUCUCAUGU